AUGGCCGUAUUCGGGAAAAUAGACGAGUUUAACCUUUAUGGCGAAAACUGGGACGAAUACGAGGAAAGAUUAAUGCAUUAUUUCAUUGCCAAUAAAAUCGACGACAAUGAUAUUAAAAGGUCCAUACUGUUGUCGGUGGCAGAUGCAAAGACCUACAGUUUGAUUAGGAAUUUGUUCUCGCCGGAAGAGCCGAGUGAUAAAUCCUUCGACGAUCUGAAAAAACUUAUCAAAGACCAUCUGAAACCAAAACCUCUGAUAAUUGCUGAACGAUUUAAGUUUCAUCACAGAAAACAAGGAGAGGGAGAAGGUGUUAGUCAGUAUUUAGCAGAAUUGAGAAAAUUGAGUGAAAAUUGUGAAUUUAAAGAGUUUCUUGAUGAGGCACUUCGAGAUAGAUUUGUUUGUGGGUUAGCUGCACCAUCAAUUCAAAAGAAGCUACUGUCUGAAGAUAAAUUGACUUUGAAAAAGGCUGUCGAAAUUGCCAUGUCUAUGGAAAUGGCUGCGAAAGAGACUGUAAAACUUAAAACUGGUCCUGAAAUUGAAAUUAAACACAUAGCAAAUAAAUUUACGACUGGUCAAAAGGAGUGUUUUCGUUGUGGUAAAACAAAUCAUGAUUCAGACUCGUGUUUUCAUAAAAAAUGUCAGUGUCAUACAUGUAAACAAUAUGGUCAUUUAGGUAAACGGUGUCCUCAAAAACAGUCAAAAACUGGUAUGAAUUCAGCACAUCCGAAACCUAGUACAGCAAGGCCGCAGCGUUCAGGUAAAUUUCCAAGGAAACCAAAGAAAAAUAAAUCCAAGGUACAAUAUUUUGAAAAUGCUGAAUCUGUUGCAUAUGAAUCCGAUGCUAGUAGUGUAGACGGUGACAGUCGAGAUUGGCCGUUAUUUACCAUUAAAUCUCCAAAACAGAAAGAAAUUGUAGUGAAUGUAGACAUUGAAGGCCGUUCUCAAAAAAUGGAACUUGACACUGGUGCUUCAGUUUCAAUACUUUCAGAGACUGAUUAUAAUCAACAUUUCAAUAACAUACCACUUAAAGAUAGUUCGGUUAUUCUGAAAACCUAUACCAAUGAAACAGUUCAGAUUUUUGGCGAAAUUAAUGUUAAUGUGUGCUACGGUAGUCAGAAAGUUAACUUGCCUCUAGUUGUUGUGAAAGGUUCCGGUCCAGCAUUGUUUGGAAGGAAUUGGCUGUCAAAACUCACUUUAGAUUGGGGAAAAAUCAAAUUUACAUUCACUGAUCGAGGACUGUCUGCAGUCAAUGAACUACUGAAAAAGUUUCCUGGUGUAUUUGACAAUAAAUGUGGUACUAUGCAAGGAGUCACUGUCAAGUUGUCAGUGAAGGAUGGUAGUAAUCCAGUAUUUUAUAAACCUAGGUCGGUGCCUUAUGCUCUUCGUGAUAAGGUCGCUGUUGAAAUUGAUCGUCUUGUUAAAGAAGGAAUAAUCGAAAAAAUUUCCUAUUCAGACUGGGCUACACCAAUAGUAGCUAUUUAA